ACUUUAACAGUCUAGUGUAUAACAGUACUAUUAAGAAUGCGGUUCAAAAACGGAAUAAUUAUAUUUUUUGUGAUAGCCAUUGUCGACGAAGUGCUUUCAGAAAACCCAAAUUCACCUUGUAAGGAGAACUGGGAUGGUGGUAUUAAGUGUUCCGAUUGUGCUACACUGCGCGCUGGACAGACAUAUUUUCCCUUUUUUGAAUCUAGACCACUUAGAUACUUCAUUGCUUACUUUGAAUGCAGAGAUAAUUUUAGCAGGAUUGACAUAGGCCAUGACCUAAUUGAUAAGUUACAGAAAAUCGAAGUAAUAAAAAUCACGAAGACAGAUGCACGGCGUUUGGUUGCAGGCACAUUUGGAAGUACAAAUAUAACUAACACAUUGCGCCAGUUAUAUUUGCCUAAUAACAAUAUUUCCAUCAUAGAUGCUUCCGCUUUUGGCCGUAUGAAGGUAUUGACUCAUCUUUUCUUAAACAACAACAAAUUGAAAAGCUUCAGCUCCCAUAUUAUAACUGAAGGUGUUAAUAUCAAAUACUUGAAUUUGGGAAAUAAUCUUUUCGAAGACAUGAUGGAUACUCAGUUGUAUAAUUUAACAAGCCUUACGUAUUUAAAUCUUGACGGAAAUAAGUUUAAAACCAUCAGUAUGAGUAAGGUAAUAAGUAACCUGAAACCAGUCAGAGUCGUAUGGAUGUCUAACAACUUACUUACAUACAUCGGGUUAGAGUCCUUCGAUCCAGUGUUUGAUAUAGAAGUUUUGAACUUGUCCUUCAACAAAAUCGAUAAUAUUUUUGGCGCUCUUAGCUUUAUGGAGAAACUGAAAACGCUCAUUUUAAGUUACAAUAACAUAGCAGAACUCGAGGAAUUGGAUUUUCCACUUAAAAACCUUACCAGUCUCCAAUAUCUCGCUAUUGAUCACAAUCAAAUUAUGUUCAUGGACCCGAAUUUGCUGGACGUAUUACCCUUUUUAAAGAAAAUCACCAUAAUGGGAAAUCCGUGGUAUUGCAACUGCUUGAGAGAUUACCGUCAAGGCCUUGAAGUACGGCAUAUACAAGAAAAAUGCGGUAGUGAUUACGUUGAUACCAAAAGACCCGUUUGCUUAGUUGACCUGACAACUAACAAUACGUGCACUCAUGUUUACUCAACAGCGGCUGCAAAGUUUGUAAAUGACGAUAGAAGACUUCAUUUGGAUACAGAUAUCACUUUUUGUCUCUUAAAUGAAUUCGAGCAAUAAACAGAAUCUAUCAG